UAGAACAAAACGACGAAACCCCAUUAUAGUGAUCAAUCGAUCAAUUUCAGUCUUUUUCUAUCUUUCUUUCCUUCAUUCUUUCUCUUGUCUGAUCAAUAACGAGAAGGAGAUGGGUUACUUGAGAAUGAAAACUGACUCCGACGCUACCGAUUUCCUUGGAAACGAUGUCAAAGAUCUGGCUAAUGCUUUCAAAAAGUUCGCCAACCAUUCCAUUAAGCUAGCUUCCCUUGGCUUUGGUACCUCAUUCCUCGAGUGGGUCGCUUCAUUCGCUGCUAUCUAUUUGUUGAUCUUGGACCGGACAAACUGGAAAACAAACAUCCUUACUUCACUCUUAAUUCCAUACAUUUUCUUCACUCUUCCUUCCCUACUGUUCGACAUAUUCAGGGGAGAUAUAGGCAAAUGGAUUGCAUGCGUUGCCAUUGUACUCCGGCUUUUCUUCCCUCAGCACUUUCCAGAUUGGUUGGAACUCCCUGCCUCUUUGAUUCUCCUCAUAGUAGUAGCUCCAAGUCUAAUUUCUGGCUACAUAAGGGAUGGCUGGAUUGGGCUGGUUAUAUGUCUUGUCAUUGCAUGUUACUUGCUGCAAGAGCAUAUAAGAGCAUCUGGUGGCUUCAGAAACGCUUUCACAAAAGCCCAUGGUGUGUCAAACACCGUUGGCAUAGUUAUUUUGUUUGUCUACCCUGUCUGGGCUCUGGUGCUGGGCAUUCUGUAGAUCAAACUUUCUAAUCAGUUCAAGGCUUGCAACAUUCUGUGGAUUGGAUUGAUUUCUUCUGUAGAUGUCUGCAGACUCUAGAGAAAUUCGUUUGUCAUUGUUGUGUACCUGUGAUGAGCUUUAAAUGUUUCAAUUUGAAUAAAUGUAUGAACAUAUCUGUGUGGUGGACUUGAUUUUCUUUGACAAUGUAUUUUAUUUCGUUCUAUGAUAAAUCAUGUGGUGCUACUAUCUUUUAAA